CUUGCUAUUUCCUUCUUGUUCUUCUUGUUUAGGAGUCGUUGCUCGCUCUCUUCUUUUCCAACCCAAAUUCACACAAUGGCGGAACAGCUUACUCUUCGCGGCACCCUCAAGGGCCACUCUGGCUGGGUCACCCAGAUCGCCACCACCCCCGAGGUCCCCGAUCUCCUUGUCUCUGCCUCGCGCGACAAGUCCCUCAUCAUCUGGAACCUCACCCGCGAUGAGACCAACUACGGCGUCCCCAAGCGUCGCCUCCAGGGCCACAACCACUUUGUCUCGGACGUUGUCAUCUCGUCUGACGGCCAGUUCGCCCUCUCCGGCUCGUGGGAUCACACCCUCCGCCUGUGGGACCUGAACUCUGGCGUCACCACCCGCCGCUUUGUCGGCCACACCUCUGACGUCCUCUCGGUCGCCUUCUCGGCCGACAACCGUCAGAUCGUCUCUGGCUCGCGCGACAAGUCCAUCCGCCUGUGGAACACCCUCGGCGAGUGCAAGUUUGUCAUCCAGGAGGACGGCCACUCCGAGUGGGUCUCGAGCGUCCGCUUCUCGCCCAACACCAGCAACCCCAACAUUGUCUCGGUCGGCUGGGACCGCGUCGUCAAGGUCUGGAACCUCAACAACUGCAAGCUCCGCACCAACCACUACGGCCACACUGGCUACGUCAACACCGUCACUGUCUCCCCCGACGGUUCCCUCUGCGCCUCCGGCGGCAAGGACGGCGUUGCCAUGCUCUGGGACCUCAACGAGGGCAAGCACCUCUACACCCUCGAGGCUGGCGACGAGAUCAACGCCCUCGUCUUCUCGCCCAACCGCUACUGGCUCUGCGCUGCCUCUGGCGCCUCGAUCAAGAUCUGGGAUCUCGAGUCCAAGAACCUUGUCGACGACCUCCGCCCCGAGUUCCUCUCGGUCGGCAAGAAGUCCCAGCUUCCCCAGUGCAUCUCCCUCGCCUGGUCUGCUGACGGCCAGACCCUCUUUGCUGGCUACACUGACAACGUCAUCCGUGUCUGGCAAGUCACCCGCCACGCUUAAGCGACGUCCCGCGUGCUCUUGAGUAGUUUUAUGAUUUCCCCCCGACCUGGUUGUUUUUGUUUGAGUGAGAUGCUGUUUUCUGCGUUGUUUUGCCUACUUGCGCCGACGGGCUUUUUCCCCCCAAACGUCUGUCAAGCGGCUUGGCGUUUGUGUCUUUUCGGUGUCCUAGGCGACACACACACACUAAAACAAGAUCUUCAUCUUCACCCCUCUCUCCCGGAUUUCCCCUUGUGCAUGCUUGUCUGUUACCCCGGCAAUUUUUUGAAAACAUUGAACACAGUUUUUUUUAAUGCCCC